AUGGCCGCCACCUCCGCCUCCCGCCUGGACCGCCCGCCCGCCUUUCCUCCCUUCGACGUCCCCGUGCCCUACGCCCGGGGCCAGCUCUACUCCACCAAGACCCCGCCUUUCACCCUGCCGCGCAGCUGCCUCCUCCCGCCGCCCCCUCUGCCGCUGGCCUGCGCCGGCCACGGUCCCGUCGGCUGCGCCUACUCCGCCGGCUCGCCCCCGCCCUUCCCGCCCUUCCCGUGGGCUACGCCGCCGCCGCUGUCGCCGAUGCGCUGCAGCAUCGCGGAGAUCGAAGAGUCCGCCAACGCCAAGGCGGAGGUGGAGGAUAACUUCUCCCCCCGCUCCGUCCUCACGCCCUGGAGGCGGGCCACCCCCGCCCCCGCCUCGCCGCCGCCCCUGCCUCUCGUCGUCGGGGGCAAGCGAGCCUUCGACCCGACCAGCGACAAGACUUCUCUAAUGAUCUGCAAUAUCCCCAACAGCUUCGUGAAACGGAGGUUCAUGUCCAUCCUGGACCAGCAUUGCGCCCAGGAGAACAACAACCCCGAGUGGCGCGUCGUCGGCUUCGUCAGAUCGGAGUACGACUUCCUCUACCUCCCAAUCGACUUCAGGACAAAGUACAACAAGGGCUACGCCUUCGUCAACAUGACGACGGCGACGGCGGCGCGGCGCCUGCACGCCUUCCUCCACGGCCACAGCUGGGCCUCCAUCGGCUCCGCCAAGGUCUGCGAGGUCGUGUACGCCGACAUUCAGGGGGUGGACUCCCUGUCGGCGCACUUCUCCGGCUCCAGGUUCCCCUGCGGCGGCAACAAGGAGUACCUGCCGGUGCGCUUCGGCCCUCCCAGGGACGGCCACCGCCAGACGGUGGAGCGCGUCAUCGGCCGCGCGGUGCCCCGUCCCCGCUGA